GUUUCAAUAAUUGAAUUGCCUUAAUAUAACAGUAUUCUAAAACAGUAAAAGUAUUCUUUGCUAAUUCCGCAGUUCAUUUACAAAACUGCGAAAUUAAAAUUCAUAAAUAAUAACACUAAAUUGUUGAAUACAGGCGGAAUUAAAAAUGCCCUUCAAAAAAGGAAAAAAUGUUAAACAAACAAAAAUUACUGAUACAAUGGGAAUUAAGACCAAAAAAGCACAGGCUAGUCCUAAACUAAAGCAGGAUAUAAAUUUGCAAGAAAACGUUACCGAUAAAAAGAUAUUAGAAGAAAAGAUCCUGGGACUAAAGAGUAUUAUAUCAAAUUUUGAUGCUAACAACAAAGAAACAAAUGAAAAAGUGCGCAACCUUCCAGUCAGUUUUGAAACGUUUAAAAGGUUAACUUUUCACAAUGAUGUUAUUGCUAACAUUUGCCAAAGCAUAAAGGAGUUGGAGUAUGAGUUGCCAAUUUCAAAUAUAUCAAAAGAAGAAUUAUUUGAUAAUAAUAAAUUACUUCGGAGUUACUACAAAACAUUUUACAUGCAAACGGUUAUUCGGACAAUAUUUCCAUUGAAAAUAAAACCAUGUCCAGGACGUUUUAAGGACAAACUUUUGAAAUAUCCAGAAAUUACGUCAGAUCAUGAAGCUGUUGCAGAUAAUGCUGUCGAGAAAUCUAUGAUACAUCAACAAAAUCAGAAGACACCAACAUUAAGUCCAGCACACUUGAAGUCAAAAGUCUUGCCGUUUCCAAACAAAAAUGUUGGUUCCGAUAAUGAUUCAACGAACAGUGAUGAGAAUGAAGAAGAUAUUAUAAAUGUACCAGUGAUAAAACCUAUCGGCAACAAAACUAAAUUAAAUCAAUCAUUAAAAAGUAAAGCAGCCAAUGAGAAUGCUAAUCAACACGUAACAAAUCUUCAAAAAGAAACAAAAACUCCGGAAUCAAGUCCACUCAUAAAUGUUUUCUUGCAGACACGAGAUACCCCUGACGAGAGUAAACAAAAAAGGCUUCAACUAACAAUCACACAUGAUGAUUCGAAAUACGCACUGAAAUUUCAAGACUUCGUUGAGAGCACCAAUAUUUUAGACCUUUUAAGAAAUUCGAGCGAUUCUACUGAUGACGACUUAGUAAAUUUAGCAUUCGAAUAUUACAUCAAAUUUGUUACCAACCCUGUUAAUCCAAAUGUGGAACUAUUUAAAAAUUUGAUGAUACAUGCAAAUGAAAAAUCAUUAAAAUUAUUUUAUACUAUAUAUACUCAAAAUAAAAAAGACUCGCCUAAAGAAGUAAAGGCUAUAGAAGAUAUGCAGGGGCCGAAAGCGAGUAAGUCCAUUAAUAGGAAUAAUAUGUUUCCUGUCUCAAUAGUUGAAUUCAAAAAGUACACAUAUUACAAAGAAGUGCUACUUCAAAUUUUGAAAGAAAAAGCCAAAGGCGAUGAAGAAAUUUUCGCAAAAUUACGGAGCAAUAAAUUGGUUUGGAAGAAAGCGCUGCGAUUGUAUUACACAAAUUUCUUUUUUAAACCAUCGAUACGUAAAAAAUACACUUUGCGUUUGAAAGAAAUGCCGCAAAGUUUGAAGGCAAAAUUUUUAGAAAUACCUGCAAAAUCAACUACAGUGAAGGAAAAAAAAAAAUGUGAUAAAAACCAUUUAAAAAGUGAUAGAGAAUCAAAUUACACCUAUUUCGAUAGCUAUAAGCCAUUAUCUGAUGAAUUUUUAUUAAUGUACAUAUCAAAAAAAGUGUCUGAUGUUAAUAAGCAUCCAGAAAUUUUAAAACGUAUAAAGGAAAAUAAACAACCACAUAAAAGACAGUCGGGAAUAGAAAUAAUAUCAAUAGAAACGAUUGUGCCACCAAAUAUUGAAAAUGAAAUAACAUUGGAUGAACAAUCGCCAGUCAUACCUGAAGAAAACAUGGAAAUAUUCAAUAAGUUGUUCGAUCCAAUUCCUUUGAAAUGUACUUUAUCCUAUGUACUUCGCUUUUCUUUUGGUCCAAAACAAUCUGUUCUGCGCACAUUGAUGCAUAUAUCGUUCGAAGAUUUCUGCAAGUUCACAAAUAUUUAUCAAUUGUCUAAUAUUUAUAAUGAUAAACUAAAACUAUUCAAAAUUUAUGAAUCCACGAUUAAAAAAGAAAUAUGGCCGUUUAAUUUAUAUAUGCGCAUAAGUGAUAUUUUCCUUUAUUUACUGUUAAAUGAUGUAAAGCUUGAUUUAAGUGAUUUACAACAUAUAUCACCAAAGUUUUUACAUUGGAGUGAUCUUGCAGUGAAUACUGAUUUUAAUGAAAUUGUACAAGAAGAUUAUUUUAAUAUGAAUGGAGAGCGCAUUGAUGGUGAUGAACAGCUACAAAUUUCUCGUGAAAGUUUUUAUACUCGUUGCUGGAAUGAGGACGAUUGGAUAUGGAAAAUACCCAAAAUAACUAAUAAUUCGAUCCAAGAGAAAAUUAAUGUUACUAAAGCAUUAUCUGAUGAAGAUGCAGAACAGUUGACUGUUGAGAAGAAAAAUGUAAAGGGCUCAUAUAUAUCACUGAAAAAGUAUCUAAAUGAAAAUUUGGAAUAUCAUAAUCACACAGAACUGGUUGAAACGUCUUCCAGUAUCACAAAUCGUUCCUUGAAAAUUACGGACAAUGCAUCUACAAUCUUUCAAAGUACCAAUAACGAUGGAGCAUGUAGUGUUGAUGUUUUGCUUUCAUCACAGACUCAACCUCAGGAAGACCCAGUCUGUAUGUCAUACAAAGCAAAUACAUCAAAUCCUAAUAACACAGAAAAAAAAUGUGAUAAAAACCAUUUAAAAAGUGAUAGAGAAUCAAAUUACACCUAUUUCGAUAGCUAUAAGCCAUUAUCUGAUGAAUUUUUAUUAAUGUACAUAUCAAAAAAAGUGUCUGAUGUUAAUAAGCAUCCAGAAAUUUUAAAACGUAUAAAGGAAAAUAAACAACCACAUAAAAGACAGUCGGGAAUAGAAAUAAUAUCAAUAGAAACGAUUGUGCCACCAAAUAUUGAAAAUGAAAUAACAUUGGAUGAACAAUCGCCAGUCAUACCUGAAGAAAACAUGGAAAUAUUCAAUAAGUUGUUCGAUCCAAUUCCUUUGAAAUGUACUUUAUCCUAUGUACUUCGCUUUUCUUUUGGUCCAAAACAAUCUGUUCUGCGCACAUUGAUGCAUAUAUCGUUCGAAGAUUUCUGCAAGUUCACAAAUAUUUAUCAAUUGUCUAAUAUUUAUAAUGAUAAACUAAAACUAUUCAAAAUUUAUGAAUCCACGAUUAAAAAAGAAAUAUGGCCGUUUAAUUUAUAUAUGCGCAUAAGUGAUAUUUUCCUUUAUUUACUGUUAAAUGAUGUAAAGCUUGAUUUAAGUGAUUUACAACAUAUAUCACCAAAGUUUUUACAUUGGAGUGAUCUUGCAGUGAAUACUGAUUUUAAUGAAAUUGUACAAGAAGAUUAUUUUAAUAUGAAUGGAGAGCGCAUUGAUGGUGAUGAACAGCUACAAAUUUCUCGUGAAAGUUUUUAUACUCGUUGCUGGAAUGAGGACGAUUGGAUAUGGAAAAUACCCAAAAUAACUAAUAAUUCGAUCCAAGAGAAAAUUAAUGUUACUAAAGCAUUAUCUGAUGAAGAUGCAGAACAGUUGACUGUUGAGAAGAAAAAUGUAAAGGGCUCAUAUAUAUCACUGAAAAAGUAUCUAAAUGAAAAUUUGGAAUAUCAUAAUCACACAGAACUGGUUGAAACGUCUUCCAGUAUCACAAAUCGUUCCUUGAAAAUUACGGACAAUGCAUCUACAAUCUUUCAAAGUACCAAUAACGAUGGAGCAUGUAGUGUUGAUGUUUUGCUUUCAUCACAGACUCAACCUCAGGAAGACCCAGUCUGUAUGUCAUACAAAGCAAAUACAUCAAAUCCUAAUAACACAGAAAAAAUGUCCAGAGACGAAGACACAACAAAACGCAACGUGCUCUCGUUCAUUAAUGGACCCGAGCCAAGCAUAGAUCGGCGAUUUCGUCCAUGUCCGAAGAAUAUAUUCAAAGCAAGUGGUGACAUAUCGAAAACAAGUACUAUUGGAGAAGAUAGGGCCAUGGUGUAUCUACGACUGCGUCCUGUUAAUUCUCCUUCAUCGUCAUAUAAAAUUGCAGGCAUGGGAAACACUCUUGUGGUGAACCCACGUUUAGAUCAAACAACGACAAGUAACAAUAAAGCAGCAAUGGAAAAACAUUUUACCUUCAGCGCGAUAUUCGAUAAUAAUGAUAGUCAAAAGGGCGUAUACAAUAAGUGUAUAGGUGACAAAAUAAAAUUGGAGGGAAGUUUCACAGUGCUGACUUAUGGUACAUCUGGUUCCGGAAAGACUUUUACACUAUUAGGCGAUGACGUUAAUCCUGGUAUUGUGCCGCGUUCCAUUGAGAAUAUUUUCACAUUAUACAAUUCCAAUAUAAAUCCGCACCCGGCAGUUAAAUUACAAAAUGCUCGCGUAGUUAUUUUAGAGGAUGAACUUGUUGCCAAGGAAAUAAUUUCAACUCGUCAAGUGCUCACAGCUUGCGGAGAUAUAACCUCAGUACAUAAGCAAUUCCAACAAAUCAUAUGCUCAGAUCAUAAUUUUGAAACCACAGUUUUCGAUGAUGUGCUUGUUAUGAUUUGGGUGUCAUUCGUUGAAAUUUAUAACGAAUUUGUCUAUGAUUUACUGGAAUUAUCGGCAUCUAAUCAAACAAAUACAGUGCCGUCUCGUAAGAAUCUUAAAAUUGUUAGCAACGAUGGAAAAGUUUUCGUGAAAGGAUUAACACAAGUUUAUGUGAAGAAUAGCUUGGAAGCCCUAAAAUUGCUGCGCUUUGGCUUACAACGUGUCACUUACGCCUCUACUUCCAUCAAUGCAAACUCCAGCCGGUCGCAUUGUAUAUUCAUCAUUGACGUGCUAAAGUACAAUGCAUCAGGUUUGAUAACAGAAAUAUCUUAUAAAUUCUGUGACUUGGCUGGUUCUGAACGACUUGACAAAACUGGGAAUGUCGGUUCACGGCUUAAGGAAACACAACGUAUCAAUACAUCGUUGAUGAUUCUGGGUCGCUGUCUUGAUGCUGCUAAUAAUUUAAAUCGUAAGAAGAAUACUGAGGUUAUUCCUUACCGAGAAUCGAAACUUACGAUGUUGUUGCAAGCUCCACUGUUAGGAAAGGAGAAAAUUGUCAUGGUGGUUAAUGUUACACCCACUGAAAAAUAUUAUGAAGAAAAUUUAAAUGUUUUGGGAUUCUCUUCAAUCGCUAAGAAUAUUAUCUUCAAACCACCAAUUGUGAAGCAAAAUAACUUAAGAUUUUCAUUCUUUUUGGAACCUUCCAAGUCCGGCAGUGCACAAAAUGCCUACAUUGAGCAAUUACUCGAAGAAAAUAUUUUGCUGCGUAAUGAUAAUGAUCGACUGAUAAACGAAGUAAAUAAUUUCCAAAUUAGGAUAAAUUCUGAACUCUUGCGGCAAGAAAAAGAAAUUCGAAAUGAACUUGUGGACUCGUUUGAAAAAACAUUGACUGCAACCAAGGAACAAGCUGAAAAUCGUCUGAAACAGGAACUUGAAUGUCAAAAACGAGUAUUUGAAUCAAAGUUGGCAAAAGUGAAACGAGCGCAUAUUGAACAAAUUGAAGAUUUGCGUGAAGAGUUACAAUAACUGAAAGAGAAAGAAUGUCAAAAAUAUCCG